AUGCUAUAGCAAAGUUCAUUCUAGAAGCUUAAUGCCAUCUCUAAUGGUAUUAGUUCAAGCAUUUUCUAAUCCACGAGUAACCUUGGAAAUCAAAGGAGAGUCAUUCAGUAAAGGACAUCAAAAUUGGUAUCUGACCUCAAUGAGAGAGCUCAGCAGGCUAAAGAGAACGCUAGAUCCAUGAGAAACAAGGCAAGUCGUCUAUACUUGAAAUUCAAUUCUGUAGUCAGACAUAUCGCUGGUUAUCCAAAAAUCAUAUAUGUGCCCCUAGUAAUUGCUUCUAGCGCUGCAUAUGGUUAUCACUCUGUUAAGAAAACAAAGUCACCUCAUUUGACAGCAGAGCUAGCUUAAAAUGAAAGCCCUCUUAGCAACAUUGAUACAUUUUAGAGAUGGGUCGUCACAUCAGCUAUUGAAAAUAUCACAGACAUAGUAGCCUCAAAAGAUGUUAAAAAGGAGGGAGUAUCCUACUUGGAGAGAAUGUUCAAGAAUUCGCAAGUCCACGACUCGCUUAUCUUCCUGCUAAAAAAUGCUGUCAAGGACGACAGAUUUGUAACUGAAUCUAAGAAAUUCGGCAUUGAUUGGAUAACUUACACAAUAACUUCUCAGCAGUCCAAAAAUGAUCUUAAAAAUUUAAUGAGCUUAACUUUUACUCAAGACUAGAGAGUUGUAGAAAUUUCAAAAGAACUUUUGAAAUACUUUGUAACCCAACCUGAAUCAAAAGAGAUGACAAAAGAGAUAAUGUGUAAAGUAUUCCUAACCGAUGAGGUUCUUAAUGCAGUUGGUAAGCAACUAGGAGAUGGUUCAUACGAAGCUGUAUAGAGUGAUGAAUUCUAAUCAAAGUUGAGCGAUACAUGUAAAUAAAUUGUUUUCGAAGAAAAAAGAUGGGCCGAAAUCAAACAGAAACUAGUCUACUAGCCAUUAGCUGACACCCUGACCUUCGGUCUAUAUUCGAAGAUGAAGGGGAAGGAGGAGUGA